AUGGGGUCGGAGAUGUCUCCUUCUAUGCGUCACACAUUUCACGACAAAAUUAUAAUACCCUCUGCAAGGGUACAAUAAUUGGACCGUAAAUUGUGCAGUUGAUAACACCAAACGUUGCUUCUUUUUGUUUGCGGCGUAGACUCUCUAUCAGUAAUAAGUAUAUAUUCUGUAAAUUGCAAAGUUAUAAAAUGCAAUAGAUGUGCAAUCAAUCUACAAUUCAUAAAAGUUAGCUCGGCGAAACAAGCUGUGAAUUCUGCGAUGUUUUCAAUAAAAUUAAAUGUGAAAUUCUUAAUCUUGUUUAUUUACGCACUGGUGCAAAUUUGUUGUGGCAGUGUUCCAGCUAAAAACUUGAGUUGUGCCGCUGAUAAGGAGUUGGAUAAGAGGUGUGAAACCUAUUGUUACCGUGUGGUUAAACCUCUCCUACAACACGCAUCUGACGCGUACUUAAAAGAACAAGAGUUUACAAAAUUACUGGCGAAAGUUCAACAACAAGAGAUCAUAAUCAAAAGCAUCCAAGCAGACCAAGCCAUUCUGCAAGCUAAACUUGAUGCUCAAAAUCAUUCAUUAACAUUAUGCAAUGAUCUGUUAGCCACGAAAGAUGCGCUUAUCGAAUACAAGAACGCUGAUAUCAAAGAAUUGCAAACUAAGCAAGAGAACAUAACCAAGACCAUGCAAGUAGUUCAACACAAUUUUCAAGCUAAGGUUGAUGCUCAAAAUCAUUCAUUAACAUCAUGCAAAGGUCAGUUAGCCGAGAAAGAUGCGCUUAUCGAAAACAAGAAUUCUUAUAUCAAAGAAUUGCAAACUAAGCAAGAGAACAUAACCAAGACCAUUCAAGACAAUCUUCAAGCUAAAGUUGAUGCUCAAAAUCAUUCAUUAACAUUAUGCAAUGAUCUGUUAGCCACGAAAGAUGCGCUUAUCGAAUGCAAGAACGCUGAUAUCAAAGAAUUGCAAACUAAGCAAGAGAACAUAACCAAGACCAUGCAAGUAGUUCAACACAAUUUUCAAGCUAAGGUUGAUGAUCAAAAUCAUUCAUUAACAUCAUGCAAAGGUCAGUUAGCCGAGAAAGAUGCGCUUAUCGAAAACAAGAAUUCUUAUAUCAAAGAAUUGCAAACUAAGCAAGAGAACAUAACCAAGACCAUUCAAGACAAUCUUCAAGCUAAAGUUGAUGCUCAAAAUCAUUCAUUAACAUUAUGCAAUGAUCUGUUAGCCACGAAAGAUGCGCUUAUCGAAUGCAAGAACGCGGAUAUCAAAGAAUUGCAAACUAAGCAAGAGAACAUAACCAAGACCAUGCAAGUAGUUCAACACAAUUUUCAAGCUAAGGUUGAUGCUCAAAAUCAUUCAUUAACAUCAUGCAAAGGUCAGUUAGCCGAGAAAGAUGCGCUUAUCGAAAACAAGAAUUCUUAUAUCAAAGAAUUGCAAACUAAGCAAGAGAACAUAACCAAGACCAUUCAAGACAAUCUUCAAGCUAAAGUUGAUGCUCAAAAUCAUUCAUUAACAUUAUGCAAUGAUCUGUUAGCCACGAAAGAUGCGCUUAUCGAAUGCAAGAACGCUGAUAUCAAAGAAUUGCAAACUAAGCAAGAGAACAUAACCAAGACCAUUCAAGACAAUCUUCAAGCUAAAGUUGAUGCUCAAAAUCAUUCAUUAACAUUAUGCAAUGAUCUGUUAGCCACGAAAGAUGCGCUUAUCGAAUGCAAGAACGCGGAUAUCAAAGAAUUGCAAACUAAGCAAGAGAACAUAACCAAGACCAUGCAAGUAGUUCAACACAAUUUUCAAGCUAAGGUUGAUGCUCAAAAUCAUUCAUUAACAUCAUGCAAAGGUCAGUUAGCCGAGAAAGAUGCGCUUAUCGAAAACAAGAACGCUGAUAUCAAAGAAUUGCAAACUAAGCAAGAGAACAUAACCAAGACCAUUCAAGACAAUCUUCAAGCUACGAAUUGCAAACUAAGCAAGAAAACAUAA